AUGUUAAGAACGAGAACCGCAAAGACCCUUGGUACAGCGGCAAGGACAAUGAGAGCACUUCAGUAUUACCGAUCUGUCGCUAAGAUUGCUACGCCAUCUCAAAAGAGAUUCGCAUCUAGUUUGAACGUGCACGACUUGACGGAUAUCAAACCGAACCACAUGAUUAAGACUCCAGCAUGGCAGGAGUUCCAAUAUCAAUUGAAGAAUCCAAAACACAUGGAGCAGCUUACAAGACUGGACAAACAGUUUGCCCGAGAUUUGUUGGUUGCGAACAAUUACAAAAGCAUUCUGGCGAAAGAUGAUAGUGCACCUCAGAAAAACGACGAAGAUGCCAAGAUAGUACCUGAAGAGAGGGAUACUGAUAAUGAUAUUGAGCCCACACGAGAUGAUGAAACGAUUGACAAGGGUCCGGAAAGUGAAGUCUCCAAGAACUCUAAAAGCUCGGCCUCUGGAGGUGGACAGUCUUCUUCAUCCAGCCGAUCGGAUUCUGGGGACGGCAAUCCGAAACAAAAACCACCGAAGGCAGAUGUGCCAGAAGUGUACCCGCAGAUGCUCGCAUUGCCAAUUGCCAGACGGCCCUUAUUUCCAGGUUUCUACAAGGCGGUUGUGAUAUCGGACGAGAGGGUUAUGAAGGCGAUCAAGGAAAUGCUGGACCGUCAGCAACCUUAUAUCGGUGCCUUCAUGCUAAAGAAUUCAGAAGAAGAUACUGAUGUGAUUACAGAUAAAAACGAUGUUUAUGAUGUCGGUGUUCUAGCUCAGAUAACCAGCGCUUUUCCGAGUAAGGACGAAAAGACAGGCACUGAAACGAUGACUGCCCUUUUGUACCCUCACAGAAGGAUAGAAAUUGAUGAAUUAUUCCCACCGAACGAAGAAAAGGAAAAAAUAAAAGAGCAAUCAAGGGAAAAGGAAAAGGAAAAGGAGAAGGAGAAGGAAAAGGAGACUGGGACAACUGUCACUGAGGCAAGCGAGGUCACAGAAGACCAAGCCACACCCAAGUUGGAAGACAUCGUGGUGGAGAGAAUACCAGAUUCAGAAUUGCAUCAACACAAGAAAGUGGAAGCUUCCGAAGAAGAGUCUGACGAACUAAAUGAUAUUCAAGAAAGUGAAGAUGUUAAUCCGACAGAAUUUUUGAAGGAUUACAAUGUGUCAUUAGUCAAUGUAUUGAAUUUAGAAGAUGAGCCAUUUGAUAGAAAGUCGCCCGUGAUCAACGCGCUAACGUCUGAAAUUUUGAAAGUGUUCAAAGAAAUUUCUCAGUUAAACACCAUGUUCAGAGAACAAAUUGCCACUUUCUCAGCGUCCAUUCAAUCCGCCACCACAAACAUUUUCGAGGAACCCGCUAGAUUGGCAGAUUUUGCUGCAGCUGUUUCUGCCGGCGAAGAGGACGAACUGCAAGAUAUUUUGUCAUCCUUAAACAUUGAACAUAGGUUAGAAAAAUCGCUACUAGUCCUCAAGAAAGAAUUAAUGAAUGCGGAAUUGCAAAACAAAAUCUCCAAAGAUGUGGAAACAAAAAUUCAGAAGAGACAAAGAGAAUAUUAUUUAAUGGAACAGUUAAAGGGUAUUAAAAGAGAACUAGGUAUCGACGAUGGUCGCGAUAAAUUAAUCGAUACUUAUAAGGAAAGGGUGAAGUCACUGAAAUUGCCCGAAAGCGUUCAGAAAAUCUUUGAUGAUGAAAUUACUAAGUUGAGUACUUUGGAAACAUCCAUGUCUGAAUUUGGCGUCAUUAGAAACUAUUUGGAUUGGUUAACCUCGAUCCCAUGGGGGAAGCAUUCUAAGGAACAGUAUUCUAUUCCGAGGGCAAAGAAAAUUCUGGACGAAGAUCAUUACGGUAUGAUAGACGUCAAAGAUCGUAUUUUGGAAUUUAUUGCUGUUGGAAAAUUAUUAGGAAAAGUCGAUGGUAAAAUCAUAUGUUUUGUGGGACCGCCAGGUGUUGGUAAGACUUCGAUAGGUAAAUCUAUCGCCAGAGCCCUUAACAGGAAGUUUUUCAGAUUCUCUGUGGGUGGUAUGACAGAUGUGGCAGAAAUCAAAGGUCAUAGAAGAACAUACAUCGGUGCUUUACCUGGUAGGGUGGUUCAAGCCCUGAAGAAAUGUCAAACCCAAAAUCCUUUGAUUUUGAUCGAUGAAAUCGAUAAGAUUGGACAUGGUGGUAUACAUGGCGAUCCAUCUGCGGCAUUAUUAGAAGUGCUGGACCCUGAACAAAAUAAUAGUUUCUUGGAUAACUAUUUGGAUAUUCCUAUCGAUUUAUCAAAAGUGCUCUUUGUUUGUACAGCAAAUUCUUUGGAAACCAUUCCAAGACCUUUACUAGAUCGUAUGGAGGUCAUUGAAUUGACGGGAUAUGUUGCCGAAGAUAAGGUUAAGAUUGCCGAACAAUAUUUGGUUCCAAGUGCCAAGAAAAGUGCCGGUUUGGAGAAUUCUCAUGUCGAUAUGACAGAAGAUGCGAUCACGGCAUUAAUGAAGUACUACUGUAGAGAAAGUGGUGUAAGAAAUUUGAAAAAACACAUUGAAAAAAUUUACCGUAAAGCCGCCUUACAAGUCGUAAAGAAAUUGAGUAUUGAAGAUUCACCAACUUCACCAGAUGAUGCCAAAUCCAAGGAAAAUAUUCCCUCCGAAGAAGAGAAGGCGGACAAAAGCAGCAAAAACUCAUCAAGGAAAAGUAAGGAUAAUGAUUUGGAGAAGACAAAAGAUGAUAUUGAAGCUUUGAAAACUUCUGAAAAGAUCAAUCUUUCCAUAUCCCAAGAAAAUCUAAAAGAUUACGUUGGUCCUUCAGUGUACACCACAGAUAGAUUAUAUGAGACUACUCCACCGGGUGUAGUAAUGGGGUUGGCAUGGACUAAUAUGGGAGGCUGUUCAUUGUAUGUAGAAUCUGUCCUUGAACAACCAUUGCACAACUGUAAGCAUCCAACGUUUGAAAGAACCGGGCAACUGGGGGAUGUUAUGAAGGAAUCGUCAAGACUGGCCUAUUCUUUUGCCAAGAUGUAUUUAGCACAAAAGUACCCUGAAAACAGGUUUUUCGAGAAGGCUUCCAUCCAUUUGCAUUGUCCUGAAGGGGCAACGCCCAAAGACGGUCCAUCAGCAGGUGUAACCAUGGCUACCUCAUUCCUAUCUCUAGCAUUAAACAAGUCAAUCGAUCCAACAGUCGCCAUGACUGGUGAACUGACCCUUACCGGUAAAGUCCUACGUAUCGGUGGGUUGAGAGAAAAAGCCGUGGCGGCAAAGAGAUCCGGUGCCAAGACCAUCAUUUUCCCUAAGGACAAUCUAAACGAUUGGGAAGAACUUCCAGAUAAUGUAAAGGAAGGGCUGGAGCCCUUGGCUGCAGAUUGGUAUAAUGAUAUAUUCCAAAAAUUAUUCAAGGAUGUGAGUACGAAGCAAGGUAACUCGGUAUGGAAAGCUGAGUUCGAAAUUUUGGAUGCUAAAAAGGAGAAGGACUAA